AUGGCAGCGAAAUAUACUUUGGCGACGAAGGUCAAGCUGCGGGAUGGCAAGGAGAUGCCUCAGAUCCAAUUAGGACUGUACAUGAUGUCAACGAAGGAGGCAGCGCAGUCUGUAAAAGCCGCCUUAGCCUCUGGUUACCGUGGAUUUGACUGUGCGCAGAUGUACCACAAUGAACAACAAGCUGGCAAGGCUAUUCGGAGCUUUCUACAGAGCCCAGAAGGCGCCCAUCUUGACCGCAAGGAUGUAUUUUAUACAUCAAAGCUGGCACAAAACAGCGCAGAAUACGAAGCUGUGCGACGCUCAAUUACCGAGUCUGUAACUGUGUGCGGACUUGGGUAUAUCGAUCUGUUUCUGUUGCACAGUCCAUAUGGGGGUACAGAAGCUCGCCAAACGAGUUGGCAAGCUGUGGAGGAUGCCAUCGAUGCUGGCGAGGUCCGAUCGGGUGGUGUGAGCAAUUAUGGCACGAAGCAUAUCGAUGAACUUACGGCUGUAGCGCGCAUCCCACCCGUUGUUAACCAGAUCGAAGUUCAUCCGUUCAACACACGCGCAGAUAUUCGCAAUGCCUGCGCCAAACACGACAUAAUUAUCGAGGCGUAUGCGCCGCUUGUACGCGGCAUGCGCAUGAGCCAUCCUACGAUACAAAAGCUGGCUAAGCGCCAUGGCUGCACACCGGCGCAACUCUUAGUUCGUUGGUCACUGCAGCACGGACUAGUACCCUUGCCCAAGAGUAUAAACAAACGACGUAUGACUGAAAAUGCGAAUGUGAAUGGCUUCGUUCUCUCGGACCAGGAGAUGAAGAUGCUGAAUGACCUAGACGAGUACCUUGUAACAGACUGGGAUCCAACCACCACGCGCUAA